AUGUCAAACCAAAAUCCAAUCCAAUCCAUCAGCGAUCGAGUGAAAGACUCAUCGAGACAAGGAAACCAAAACCAAAACAACAAUCAACCCCCCAACCCCAGCCUGAUUCCCCUCCCGUCAUCCCCCUUACCGAACUCCUCCGCCAGCAACUCCUCCAGUCUACCCGCCCCCAAAUCCGCAACUCAGCCGCAAGGCAAAGAGAAAGAGUCGAACCCUAAAGGGAAAGAAACUACGUUCACGGGAACGGGAGAACCGGAUCCAGCUUCCCGCAGCUCGGUAACCAGGUCAACGCUGAAAACCCCAGUCGUAGAAAUCAUCGACGAUGAAACUCAGCCGAAUAGCGCGGACUCCCCCACUGGCGAGAAGUCAACCAGCGCCAAAGCAAUGGAGAUGCUCCUAUCCAAAGCCGUUAAAGCGCAAGAAGAAGGAGAUGACGCUAAAGCCGACAGAUUCCUAGCAAUGUACGACACACUAGCGAAGCAAGCGCCACAACCCCAGAGCGCUAAAGCGAACAAAAUCCCGGCAACAUCAGAUCUUCAAACCAACACCAAAAAGAGGCCGAACGAGUCAGAGGGUACGACCCAGGUUCGCGGCAUCAAGUUCAUUUGGGCCAACAACAAUUCCCACGAUGACGGAGGGUUCACGCCCUACUUUCACAAAAACCUCCUAGAGUUGAAAGGCCCGAUCCCUUUGACGAUCUUCAACAGAACCUGGCAGGAAGAGGCCUUAUCCCAUCAUUCAAGGAACCGACCCAAAAAGGAAGAAUCAUCAGCGGAGAAGAACCUACGCUAUCACGGUCUAGCCGUCCCAGACGAAUGGCUUCAAUCAUUCUCAGACUGGACACUGAAUCACCAGUGUUUCCACGAAACGAUCAGGGACAGAUACAACUACCCUGUUCUAGCGGAAUGGAUCCUCCUACACAAAGCCAAUUGCGACCGACUCCUGAAGAAGCACGGCUUCAUGGUAGCCCUGCGCUACGACAUCAGGAUCAGGAACAACGCCUUUGCGUUCCGGGUCGAGAAAGACGGCGAAGAAUCGUUUUCGAACAUAUCCAUCUUCAAGGCCAACACGGCGGACGACGCCCAUGCGGAAGCCAGAAACUUCAACGAACUUGGAGUGAGAGAAAACCCGUACGCAAUCGGCGGUCCGAAGUACGGUUGGGACCCUCACACGGGCCAAAAAUUGGCAAAGACAUCGUCGACAAACACUCCAGCCAGCAGCCGCUCCGCCAACACCGUCACAAAUCAGACAACCCACCAUCCCUCCACAAACCCCUUACCCCCAAAACCAGAUCAGGCUAGACCACCCAGAAGCUCAGGGUAUAAAGGCAGGAAUUUCAAUCCCAAUCAUAAUCCAGGCGGCAGGAGACGCGGAAACGAGGAAGGGAAAAUCCCACCGAGACCGUCGGCGCAAACGGCACACGCCCCUGAGCCCCAACCCAUGCCCCUCGAAGAAACAAGGAGCCCCAGGGAGUCGUCGGAGCAGCUGUCGCCAACCGACGGCCCACGUCACCUAGUCCUCCACAAGGAAGGCACCCCAGCCUGGCCAGAAGAUAUCAAAUGCGAAAUGAACGUAAAAGAAUGGCAGGCAGCGCUGGAGAAAGCCGGACUUACUGAGGAAUUUGCAGACGUGAUACGCGGUUUCAAAGAAGGCUUCGACCAGGGAAUCCCAAACCACAACCUGGGACCUGCAACCCCCUACUUCACCCCCCCUAACCAUCAGUCAGCGCUAAUGGCGCAGGACAAAAUCGAACAAUCCAUGAAAAAAGAGAUAGAAGCGGGCCGAAUGUUCGGACCCUACACCCAUAAACAACUUAUGAAGAAGUUCAGUUUCUUCAGAACGAAUCCCCUGGGCGCAGCGAUCAACGGGGACGGGUCAGUCAGGCCAAUCAACGACCUGUCCUUUCCAAGACACGACCCACUGACCCCAUCCGUCAAUUCUUUCGUCAACAAGUUGGACUACGCUACUACGUGGGAUGAUUUCGAAAGCGUCUCUAAAUUCUUUAGGCGACAAACCAGCCCCCUUCUCUUGGCCCUCUUCGACUGGGAGAAGGCCUAUAGACAAAUCCCGACCGCAAAGUCCCAAUGGGCAUACCUGAUGGUCCGAGAUUUCAACGGGGGCAUACUCAUCGACACGCGAAUCGCCUUUGGGGGAGUAGCCGGAUGCGGCUCUUUCGGCAGACCGGCAGACGCUUGGAAGCAGCUGAUGUUACACGAGUUUGAUCUAGUAACCGUCUUCCGCUGGGUAGACGACAAUCUAUUCGUCAAACACCCAGACUCCAAAGUCGAGAUGGAAGACAUCGUAGACCGAUCGGAGAAACUCGGUGUCAAAACCAAUUCGACGAAGUACUCGCCCUUCAAAGAAGAGCAGAAGUAUAUCGGCUUCAUCUGGAACGCCACCAAGAAGUCUGUACGGCUACCCGAAGACAAGAAGUACCAACGGGUACAACAGAUUAAAGAAUUCCUCAAACCCGACACAGAAUUCUCCUUCAAACAGGCAGAAGUAAUGGCCGGACGACUAAACCACGUGUCAUAUCUCCUCCCACAACUUCGAUGCUACAUAAACAGCCUGUACCGAUGGAUGAACGCCUGGGUACAUAGACACAUAGAUCUACCCAUACCCAAGGACGUGAGAGUAGACCUCGAGGAGUGGCUAACCACUCUCCUCACUUUCAAAGAAACCAGGAUGAUAAGCGACCCGGACCCAAUUGAAAUCGGGUGGAUGGGGGACGCGUCAACGUCCUACGGAAUCGGGGUCACCAUAGGCCGCCGCUGGGCCCAAUUUCAACUCACAGAAGAAUGGAACCAAGGACCCGAACCAAGACGAGACAUCGCAUGGCUCGAAACGGUAGCGAUUAGGCUAGGCCUAAUCGCCUUAGCCCAACUCAAUAUCAAGCAAGGCAAGACGGUAAUAGUCUGGACUGACAAUACAACUACCGAAAGCGUAAUCCUGAAACGCAAGUCCAAACACCACGCGGUCAACGAAGAAUGGAAGAUCAUACAGCGGAUGUUAGUCGAAAUGGAAUUAGAUAUCGUGUCAAGAAGGGUUUCAUCUGGCGAGAACGUCGCAGAUGCGCUCUCUAGGGAUCUGAAAAAGAUUACCGCCAUCACAAGCAACGGCUCUGAACCCCAAGAGCCGACAGCCCAGGAGAGGCACUAUUUACUAGGCUACAGGUGGAACACCUUGCUCAGCUACAACGCAGCAAUCAAGAAAUACCAAAAUUUUGCCCGAGAGACCGGGAGAUCUACCUACAACCUCCCGUUGAAGACCCAGGACAUUUUCGACUUCUGCUGCUGGGCGGGGAGAACGGCCGAGUCUUCGACGCCCCACGAGAUCUCAGCUAACACUCUCAGCAAGUACCUGGCGGGUUUGCAAAUGUGGCAUGUGUAUCACAACGCCACCUACCCCUCUGACUCCAAGACAAAAGUCGCCACCUUCCUCAAAUCAUCGGCUUACGUGGACGCUGAGACUGCGAAGAAACCCCGCAAGAAACCCGUUACCAUAGAGAUCCUAGUCAAGUUAACCGAGUUGCUGAUCGAUGGAGACCCUUUCCAGAAGGCGCUACUAGACCUGUGCGUAGUCGCUUUCUGGGGGAUGGCCCGCAUGGCCGAACUCACCUACAAUGAGAGUAGCGGACCGUUGAGAAGAACCGCCUCCCUGCUCACCACGGACGUAGAGCUAGUCUACAAAGAGAGGGAAAACCUCGCUAAGCUGACGAUACGCGGUGCGAAGACAGCGGACCCAGGCCAGUCCCAAAUCAUAUACCUCAAGGAACUCCCCCACAUGCUCUGCCCGGUUCUCGCUGUCAAAAGAAGAUUAAGCGAAGCGGAGGGAACUGAAACCUCUCUAUUCGGUUACACGGACGGCCAAGGGAUACGGACGCACAUCACGAGGUCGCAGGCCACCCGUGCGCUCUCCAAGAUAUGGGAAUCGUGCGGUUUCGACGGAGUCUCCGGACAUUCUUUCCGGGUAGGCGGAGCCUCGAUCCAGGUAGCCUUGGGCGUACCAAUCAGAGAGAUUUGUAUCAGAGGCCGUUGGGCCUCUGACGCAUACAAGCUCUACCUCAGAGACUUCACUGAGGAGGAAAUGAGGAAAACUAACGCACUCCUCGCCAAUCUAGAAAGAUGUUGGAUGUAUGUUCCUACCCCAUUAGAGUAA